UCUUAGCUUGAGUUCCUGGCUCUGUGGUGUAGUUGAACAGGUAAUGAAAUUGACCCUUUUAAUCUACUUGCCUGAGUUUUGAUUCAUCAUGGAUAAUCUGUCACCAGAAGAAAUUCAGCUAAAGGCUCACCAGGUUACUGAUGAGUCUUUGGAAAGUACAAGGAGAAUCCUGGGAUUAGCCAUCGAGUCUCAGGAUGCAGGAAUCAAGACCAUCACUAUGCUGGAUGAACAAGGGGAACAACUAAAUCGCAUAGAAGAAGGCAUGGACCAAAUAAAUAAAGACAUGAGAGAGGCAGAGAAGACUUUAACAGAACUCAACAAGUGCUGUGGCCUUUGCGUCUGCCCUUGUAAUAGAUUCUCAGAUGGUGGUUGUUUCUUUAAAACCAGGACGAAGAACUUUGAGUCUGGAAAGAACUAUAAGGCAACAUGGGGGGAUGGUGGAGACAGCUCAUCCAGCAAUGUGGUAUCUAAGCAACCAGGCCGAGUAACCAAUGGUCAGCCUCAGCAAAGCACAGGAACAGCUAGCGGUGGAUACAUUAAACGUAUAACUAAUGAUGCCAGAGAAGAUGAGAUGGAAGAGAACCUGACUCAAGUGGGCAGUAUCCUAGGCAACCUAAAGAACAUGGCUCUGGACAUGGGCAAUGAAAUUGAUGCUCAGAACCAGCAAAUACAGAGGAUCACAGAAAAGGCUGACACCAACAAGGAUCGGAUUGACAUUGCCAAUACAAGAGCAAAGAAACUCAUUGACAGCUAGAGCCAUGCUGUACUUCUUUACCAGUUACUUAGUUCUCUAGCUCCUCAUAAGCCACUACCUGUUCAGAGUUUGAAAGUGUGUGAAAGAAGGACCAGAGGAGGAACGCCUCCUACUACUUAUUUUCUGUCCUUUGGGGUAGGUUCUUGCUCAGACUUCUUCACAGUCUCUCUUUCUCAGUUCACACUCUUAGGCUGCUUUCUGCACAUCACACAUAGUCUGUCAGCCUCUUCACUUAGCUUCUUUUGCAUUCAAGAUUUGGAAGCAUUGCCAAAGAGCCAUGAAGGAGGCAUCUAUAUAAGUAGCUCUUGUUGUUGGUUGGUUUGGUUUGGGUUUUAUGGUAAAGAGCAAGAGGAAGGAAUAAGAAAUGAAGUUGUUAACUCAUUAAAGAGACUACAGGUAAACAAAACAAAAAAAACCAAGACAAAACAAAACAGGCUAAUGCCUGGGGUGGGAGCUUUUACUCAUGCAUUUUGUUUUACAUCACUAUUUUGUAGCUUCUGUUCCAAAGGAGAA